GAUUGGACACCUUCCUUAAAUAUCUCAAUUUUCUACAGAGCCGAGCCAUGAAUUAACCCAAAGAAAUGUACUAAAAUUCAUCAAUUCUCUCACUUUACUACUCUGCCGAAUGCCGACACUUUUCACCUUCCCAUACAGCAGCAUCAAGGCUCAAUAAUACAGCCCCCCCACCACUCGCUUUCCUUCUUUCUUUCUCUCACAUCUCAAGGGUCAUCUUCCUUUAUUAUUGUGGGGGAGAAGUGGGGUUGAAUUCAAAGUAGAAACUUGAGACGGUCCAGAAAGCCAAUCAAGUCAUGAGGUAGCAAGGCUAACCGUUUCGAAUCGAUUCGAAGCCGUGUUAUUGUCUAGAGAGGUCUAGAACUUGCAGAUUGUGGGGAAGGGGGGAGUUUUCGUUUUCAAUUCCUUCUAAAAUAGUUCCCAAGAUCAAAAUUUAAUUUCUGGGUUUGUCUUGUUGGGCUUUGAUAAUGUUUGACGAAAUGGGAUUUUGUGGCGAUCUCGAUUUCUUCUCGGCUCCACUUGCGGAAGGAGAUUCUAGUGCUCCUCAAGCUGCUGAUCCUGAUGGGGUUGGGGAUGAUGAUUAUAGCGAUGAAGAGAUUGAUGUGGAUGAGCUUGAGAGGAGGAUGUGGAGAGACAAGAUGCGACUGAAGCGUCUCAAGGAAUCGAAUAAGGGUAAGGAAGGUGUCGAUGCUGCCAAGCACCGCCAGUCCCAGGAGCAAGCGAGGCGGAAAAAAAUGUCCAGGGCCCAAGAUGGGAUACUGAAAUACAUGUUGAAGAUGAUGGAAGUUUGUGAGGCUCAAGGCUUUGUUUAUGGGAUUAUUCCAGAGAAAGGGAAGCCAGUGAGCGGCGCAUCAGACAAUCUUCGGGAGUGGUGGAAGGAGAAGGUGAGAUUCGAUCGUAAUGGCCCUGCUGCGAUAGCAAAAUAUCAGGCCGAUAAUUCAAUCCCGGGGAAGAAUGAGGGCUCUAAUUUGGUUGGUCCUACCCCGCACACUUUACAAGAGCUUCAGGAUACCACCCUUGGAUCAUUGCUUUCGGCCCUCAUGCAGCACUGCGAUCCCCCUCAGAGGCGGUUUCCUUUGGAGAAAGGUGUUCCUCCACCUUGGUGGCCAACGGGGAAUGAGGAAUGGUGGCCUCAAUUGGGUUUGCAGAAGGAUCAAGGUCCUCCGCCAUACAAGAAGCCUCAUGAUCUGAAGAAGGCAUGGAAGGUGGGGGUUCUUACUGCGGUGAUCAAGCAUAUGUCGCCUGAUAUUGCUAAGAUUCGAAAACUUGUAAGGCAAUCCAAGUGCUUGCAGGACAAGAUGACUGCCAAAGAAAGUGCCACUUGGCUUGCUAUUAUCAACCAGGAGGAAGCCUUGGCCCGAGAACUUUACCCUGAUCGUUGCCCCCCUCUGAUAUCCAGUGGCGGCAGUGGGUCUUUGGCAAUUAAUGAUUGCAGUGAGUAUGACGUUGACGGGGCUGUGGAUGAACACAACUUUGAUCUGCAGGGGCAGAAACCAAACAGUCUCACUUUGUUGAAUAUUGGCAUGGAGAGGGUUAAAGAUAGGAUACCAGUUCAGCAACUCUCUCAUCCCAUCAAGGAUGAACUUAUAACCAGCCUUGACUUCACUAGGAAGAGGAAGCCAGCAAAUGAACUGAAUGGUAUUAUGGAUCACAAGAUCUAUACAUGUGAGUUCCUGCAGUGUCCUCAUAGUGAGCCGCGCCUUGGGUUUCCUGACAGGUCGUCCAGGGACAAUCAUCAAUUGGCUUGCCCGCAUAGCGGAAACCCUUCUGAAUUCUCACUUCCAAGCUUCCAUAACAACGAGGUCAAACCAGUUGUAUUUCCUCGACCCUUUCUCCAGCCCAAGCCGGCUGCUUCAUCAGUGAACUCGGUCCAACCAACCUUUGAUCUAUCAGGACUUGGUGUCCCAGAGGAUGGGCAGAAAAUGAUCAGUGAGCUUAUGUCGUUUUAUGAUGCUAAUGUUCAAGGAAACAAGCUCCCACAUUCCAUCAACAUUCCAAUUACCAAGGACCAGACUCCCGCGCAGGCCCUGCCACAGCCAAACCUUCACUGUCAGCAGGAGAACAACUACAUCCAUGGUCAAGGGGUCGUGAUGGGGGUUAACAUCUUUGAAGAGGCUAACAUGUCCAGCAAUCGCUCCAUGUUCUCACGACAGGAAGAUCAGUUCGACCAGUGCAAGGCUCUGAAUUCUCCCUUUGAGGCCAACCCGAAUGACAACUUUCACCUCAUGUUUGGAUCGCCAUUCAAUUUACCACCGGUUGACUACACAGAGGGCAUUCCAGGAGUUGCAAGGGAAAUGCUCUCCAAGCAGGAUGUCUCGAUUUGGUACUAGCAACAAGAAGAUGUUGCCCCCAGAAAAGGUGGUCCGAGCGCACAAGUAAUUCCCCUUAUAGUGUCUACUGGUCACACAGCCUCAAAGAGGGAAGGUCUAGUUAUGAGCAGCCUACCCUGGUCAAGUGAACUCUUGUCGAAAUUUAAUUUUAGUUGUGCAACUUUUAUUAUUUAGUAGCUGUAGAGUUUGCAAGGUCUAGUAGUUCCAGGAAUGGGGUAAUAAACAAGUUGGACUUGUCCCAUGCUGGUCUCUUCUGUUGUUGAAAUAUGUUCAGACUGUUAGAUGCUUUAUAUAUAAAUAAGUUGUGUUUUUUA